AUGGGAGCAAUGUGGCUGUCCAGCCCGUCCAGGAUCCUCUGCUUGAGUUUGCCCAUGAUCCUCAUUCUGCUUGAGCAGACCUCUGCAGAGCGAGAGCUGAAGUUUGUGGCUGCAGUUUUCCGGCACGGGGACCGAACGCCGAUCGUCACCUUCCCCACUGAUCCGCACAAGGAAAGUGAAUGGCCCCAGGGAUUUGGACAACUCACCAAGACAGGGAUGCAGCAGCUUUUCGAGCUCGGGCAGUACACGAGGAACAGAUACUCCAGCUUCCUGAACAGCACCUACAACCGGCAAGAGUUCUACAUCCAAAGCACGGAUUAUGAUCGCACCAUUAUGAGUGCCCAGUCAUACCUUUCUGGCCUCUUCCCACCAACCAGCAGCCAGAUUUGGAACCCUGAACUUCUCUGGCAACCCAUUCCAGUUCACACUUUGCAGAAAUCCACAGAUCGAAGGCUGCACUUUCCUCUGCCUGACUGUCCACGCUUUGAUGAACUCCAGAACAAAACACAAACGUCUAAUGAAUUCCAAAGCAGAAUACAGCCAUACACGGACUUUUUACAAACAGUGGCAGUUAACACGGGGCUUGAACUAAACCAUCUUAAAAUCCUGGACAACUUCCAGCUCUGGAAUACAUAUGACACUCUGCACUGUGAGGACAUUCACAAUUACACCCUCCCUGGAUGGGCCACCAAAGAUGCUAUGGACAAGAUGGAAAAGCUGGCAGAGCUGGCCUUGUUAUCACUGUUUGGCCUUUACAAAACAGAAGAGAAAUCACGGCUGCAGGGAGGUGUCCUCGUGAAUACUAUUUUAAAUAGCAUUAAACAAGCUGCCAAUUCUUCAAAACAAAGGAAAAUGGAGGUCUACUCUGCACAUGACACCACAAUUGGGGCCCUCCAGAUCGCUCUCAAUAUUUUCAAUGGCAAACUGCCACCAUAUGCUGCUUGCCACUUCUUUGAACUCUACCAAGAAAGCAGUGGGCGAUACAGCAUUGAAAUGCACUAUCGGAACGACUCCUUGAGGGAUCCGCAUCUACUCACCCUGCCAGGAUGCACCUCUCCUUGUCCACUCGAAAAGUUUGCUGAGCUAGUCUCACCUGUAAUUACAGAAAAUUGGUCUAAAGAAUGCGGGAAGAAAGACAAAACAAAAGACAUUUUCAUCGGGUUCGACGUCGCUGUUGGGCUGUUGUUCAUUCUGGACCUUGUACUGCUCUACCUCCUGUACCACUAUGGACGCUGCAGGGGCAGGAACGAUUACCAAAGCAUCUAACAGGGAGGAAAGGAGAUGAAAGAGAGAGAAGACAGAUAGCAAGCCAUCCUUUUGUUGCUUAUAUGCAUCAGUUUGCUCUGCCCAAACUAGUCUCCAAAAGAAGGUGAAGAACUGAGCUAUCUGCAGCCGAGCACCUGGAAGACUCCACCAGCUGCAGGGAGAACUACUGCAGGAAUGCAUCCUGCCUAGGAAGUUACUUUUGACUCCUGUUUCCAUCUGUAGGUUUUUCACUACUAUUAGUCACUCUUUAAUUAGUAGGGUGAAGGGACACUAUUGCCUAUGCUUUUUUAUGUGUAUAUUGCCUAUUCCCAUUUAGCCUUCUGCUUCUCUCCUGCCCUGCUCAAUGAAUCUUGCUUGAAAAUCA